ACGUUCGCCGCUAUGCCACCUGACGUAUGUCUCUGUUGUGUAUAAAAGGACGUAACAGCUCGGCAGCAAACGCCACAUCUGCUCCGAGCUUACAAACGUUAUAACCAAUCAAGAUGAGUCGUCGAAGUUUGGUGUUUUUCGGUUUGCUGUUUGUGCUGGUGGUCGUCGCACUGGUAGCAGAGGCUGAUGAACGUCAGAAACGCUCUCCCAUUUUGGGUCUCCUGCUAGCUAAAAAGCUUUUACACGGCGGAGGUCAUCACCACCAUCAUUACGGCGGUCAUGGCCAUCACGGAGGCUACGGCCGAUAUGGUGGACAUGGACACGGACAUUACGGAGGAGGUCACCAUUAUUACGGAUAAGCGGAUGAGCAGUCUUGACAGCAAAUUAUUUACGGACACUAGGGCAUGGACACUCCUGGAAAAAAAAAUAAUUUAAUAUUUUUUAGCUUGACGGAUACUACAUCCAGUUUGGCCGUUGUUGAUUUUAUUUAUCUGGUUUCAAGUUCAAAAUUGUUUCUUCUGUCAACGGUAUUUUUUUUAUACACACUAGACGCAGCCCAUGCACACACCUUA